UAUCAAGACUAAAUAGAGCAAAGUGGCCGCGGGUAGAUGUCCUCUUCAAAUGAUAAGCAAGAUGGAGGAGAUUUACGGAUAAAAACUACGCAAGGUGAGACAUACAUCGCUGCAACUCAGAGGCCAGAUGGAACUUGGAGGAAAGCGCGUCGUGUGAAGGAUGGUUAUAUUCCACAAGAAGAGCAACCGAAGUAUCAGAAUCCCUCGCAAGCUGCGGCUGCUAGCCGAGGGCGAGUUGUGGUUGGAAUGACUCCGCGUGAAAUGAAACAAGCUACCAAAGGACCGAGGCAGCCUAUAGCAGCUGUAUUCAAACCAAAUGCGGCUAUCACACCACAGGAACAUAUACAAAAGAAGAUAGACAAAGUCAAAUUAAAAUUGACUGAAAUAGCUAAAUUGGAGGAAAGAAUCAACAGCGGUGAAAUCAUUCCACUUCCCAACCAAGUUGCAAAAGUCAAUCGGAAAGCAGAAUACGAAAGCGAGAUCGAAAAGCUUACGGAAGAAAUGGAGAAACUCUGAAUGUAAUCACUUCAUUAAUAUCUCUUCGAUUCUUGUUAACGAGAUUCGCUCACUCCACUGCUUGUUGUUGUCCUACUCGUCUC